ACCUUCCUGCGCAGCUCAGUAACCACAGCAGCCGCUGAUGCGUGAAGCGGGAGCAGUCUUAUCUCGCAACGGCUUCGCGCCCGGCAGCCAUGCGUGUGCCCAAUGCUGAGAGCCGCGGUGGCGAGAGGAAACGCCACGGUGCGCCCCGUCGUUACGAUGCAGCCGCUUCCACCGAUUCCGCUGCCGAACCGAGCGUAGCCGUGACCAUGGCUCAGUGCGAGUGCGGUGCAGUCGGCGACUGGGGUGACGGCCAAAAAAUGUGGAACCUCGUGGCGUCGCUUUUAGGUUCCGAAACCUGACAUUGGCGAGGCCCUCACCGAUGAACAGCACGGUGGUGAGCAGGGCCAGCGACACGGAGCGUGCCGUGGCUGCCGUGCUGGUCUCUGCCGAGCUAUGCAUCUCUGUGCUUGGGAACCUGCUGGUGCUUUUCGUCUCGCUCUGGGACGAGCAUGUCAAGCAGCACCGCUCAAACCUGCUGGUCGUCAGUCUCGCGAUUACCGACCUCCUGACGGCCACACUUGUCAUGGUGCCAUCGGUGUGCGCACUGACCAACGAUGGCUGGCCAUUGGACAACCCGGGCUUCUGCACCUUCCACGGCAUCCUCAACUACUGGCUGACGUCAACAUCAAGUGUGACGCUCGCCAUGAUCGCGCUCGACCGUGGCGUGGCCAUCCACAAGCCGCUGCAGUAUGUCCAGCACUGCACGUGGCGCCGCCUGGUACAGAUGGUGGCACUACCCUGGACACUCGGCAUCGUCUUCGCCGUCGUGCCCGCUAUUCUGGACUGGACCGCAUACCAGUUCGACAACAUCGUCUGCGACGUCGACUGGCAUCCGCGACGCGAGCACGUCAUCUACUACGCGGUCACCUUCUCCCUCUGCUUCGCCGCGCCAGCGGCCAUUGUGCUCGUGCAGUAUGCGCGCAUCCUCGCGUCGGUGCGUCGCUUGCGCUCAAACUCGGUCGUGAAUCCGCCAGUGGUGGUGGUGCCGAAAGGUGGUGCCUCCAAUGGAACGCUGUCCCGCCAGUCGUCGUUCCGGCGCCGGGCGGGGCAGGGGAACCAGAAGAUCCUCGUUAGCAUCCUGGCAGUGAUCGUCAUCUUCUUCGUCUGCAUCACGCCCUUCUGCUGCACGAAGCUCGUCAAGGUGCUGCUCGGGCCCAAGGCCAUUCCGGACUGGCUGGACAUGCUCUCGACCGUGGUGCAGUUCCUAGCGUCCGUCGUGAACCCCUUUGUGUAUUCCAUCGGACUCAAGAGCUUUCACGAGGCGCUGUGCAGACUGUCGCGCAGUGGACGACACAGACUGCUGUGGAGCGCUUCGGUGUGAGUGGCCAAAAGAGACGAGAGACAGAGACUGGAAAAUGCUUUUGCUGUGCUUGUAUGCCCGUAGAGUUUACGUAGAGAAGAAUACAUUAAUUUGCCUCCAUCGAUGAUGGC